UAUUAAUAUUUGCCAAAGAGAUCGGAGCAGCUAACCUCACAUUUUAAACACAUAAAACACGUAUUAAAACGUAAAUUACUUAAAAAUACAUUAAAAAUGUUCAACCGACUGCAGCUGCAUCUGUAGUGGACGCCAGGAUACAGCGGAUAAGGAUUCUCCUUCCCUUCGGUCCACGCGCAACAACAACAAGGACACUUCUGAGCAAGUUCUAACAAUAUACAGGGAGGACCAUUGAAGUUGGCCAUCAUGAGUCGACUUAAGGCGGCGUCGCUCCUGCUGAUCCUGCAACUCUUCCAUUGGAUGCCAUCAAGUGAGGGAUCCUUCGGCAGGGACGCGUGCAGCGAGAUAAACCACAAGGGUCAAUGUCAGUGCUCACCCAUCAUGUCCGAGUAUGAGGUGAACUGCCCGGCAAACUCGGAGAAUCCCACCUUCAGGCUAACCAUCCAGCCGAAUGACUAUGUGCAGAUCAUGUGCAAUCAGACGGACAGCAAAGACUACAAUCAGUUGCCACCGGAAGUGCGGAUUGGCGAGGUGGACAGGGUGCAGAUGAGGCGGUGCAUGUUGCCGGGUCUCGCGCCCGUUGCGACCAUCCUGGAUUAUCUGGGCAUAGUCGUGACCAAAACGCUGAUCUUCGAGAGCGAUAACCUGGGUAUGAAUAUCACGCGGCAGCACUUGGACCGUCUGCACAGUCUCAAGCGUUUCCGGUUCACCACCCGCCGGCUGACCCACGUUCCCGCCAAUCUGCUCACCGAUAUGCGGAACCUAAGUCACCUGGAGCUGUGCGCAAGUAUCGAGGAAAUCCCCAUGCACUUGUUCGACGACCUGGAGAACAUCGAGUUCAUCGAAUUGGGCGGCAAUAGGCUGAGGAAAAUGCCGCGUGGCAUUUUCGGCAAGAUGCCCAAGCUGAGGCACCUGAACUUGUGGAGCAACGAGCUGCACAAUCUAACGAAGCACGAUUUCGAAGGUGCCACCUCGGUGGUGGGCAUUGAUAUCCACGAUAAUGGAAUCGAGCGGUUGCCGCACGAUGUCUUUGCCCAUCUCACGAAUCUCACGGAUAUCAAUCUGAGUGCCAAUCUCUUCCGUUCACUGCCCGAGGGUCUGUUCGAACACAACAAGCACCUGAUCGAGGUGCGCCUGAUGAAUAAUCGUGUGCAACUCGCCACUCUGCCUUCGCGACUCUUUGCCAAUCAGCCGGAAUUGAAGGUCCUGCGGCUAAGAGCCGAUCUGCAAUCGCUGCCCGGUGAUCUCUUCGAGCAUUCCACCCAGAUCACCAACAUCUCGCUGGAGGAUAACCUGCUGAGCACCCUGCCCGGCACUUUGCUGGAACAUCAGGAGAACCUGCUCAGCUUGGAUUUGAGCAACAACCAGCUAACCGAACUGCCGGAUUCACUUUUUGCGCAUACCAAAAAACUGGAGGAUUUGCGUCUGGAGAAUAAUCUUUUAACCAAAAUUAGCAGCGAUUUAUUCAGCGGCUUGGGCAACCUGGUGACCCUGACCUUAAGCAGAAAUCGUCUGCGAACCAUCGAUACCUUUGCUUUUACUAGAACUACUGAGCUGCGUCACUUACAUUUGGAUCACAACGACAUUGACCUGCAACAACCUUUGUGGGGCACGGAGCUUCAGGAGGAGCUGAACUCGCCGUUUUCGUCGAUGUCCAAACUGUUAACUCUCAAUCUGCGCAAUAAUUCGAUCAUAUUCGUCUACAAAGACUGGAGGAUCAUUAUGAAGGAGCUGAGGCAGCUGGACUUGAGUUACAACAAAAUUAGCUCGCUGGAUCACAGCGAUCUGCAAUUCCUGUCAGUAGGAGGGGUGCACGUCAACAUGACGCACAAUAAGAUACGAUCCGUCUAUUUGAAUGAAAACUACGAGGACGGGGCUAGAAAUCAGGUGCAUGUGGAUCUCAACGACAAUCCGCUGGACUGUUCCUGCACACUCCUCUGGUUUGUCCAGCUGGUCAAGGGCGCCCACAGGCCGCACUAUGCCAGGCAGUACAAGUUCCAGACAGACCGAUUAAUCUGCCAGCAGCCGAAUAAUCUGAGGGACACUCCAGUGCGGCAGGUGGAUCCGAUGCAGCUGCUCUGUCCACUGGACCAAACCGAUGAUCCGCGGGAACGGAAGUGUCCACGUGGCUGCGAUUGCAUGGUGCGAACUUACGACAAGGCGCUCACGAUUAAGUGUAAUAGCGGGAACCUAACGCAUGUUCCUCACUUGCCCCAUUUGAACGAAGGUCUGCGGCUGAUGGAACUCCAUUUGGAGAACAACACGUUGCUCAGGUUGCCAUCGGGCAACACACCCGGCUAUGCGAAUGUGACUAGUCUCAAUCUGGCUGGCAAUAACCUCACCCACCUGGAUGUGGAGCAACUGCCGCCGCAUCUCGCCCACCUGGAUGUCAGUUGGAAUCAGCUGCAGACCCUCAACGCCACCGUGCUGGGAUUCCUGAAUCGCACAAUGAAGUGGCGAUCGAUGAAGUUGUCCGGCAAUCCAUGGAUGUGCGACUGUGAUGCCAAGCCACUGUUGCUCUUCACUCAGGAUAAUUUCGAGCGGAUCGGGGAUCGCAACGAGAUGAUGUGCAUGGAUGCAGAGGUGCCCACAAGGAUGGUGGAGUUGUCCACUAACGAUAUUUGUCCCGGGGAGAAGGGCGUCUAUAUUGCCUUGGCCGUGGUGAUUGCUUUGACUGGUUUGCUGGCCGGUUUCACGGCUGCCCUGUACUACAAAUACCAGACGGAGAUCAAGAUCUGGCUGUAUGCCCACAACCUGAUGCUGUGGUUCGUCACCGAGGAGGAGCUGGACAAGGACAAGAAGUUCGAUGCCUUCAUCUCGUACUCGCACAAGGAUCAGAGCUUCAUCGAGGACUUUUUGGUGCCGCAACUGGAGCACGGGCCGCAGAAGUUCCAGCUUUGUGUUCACGAACGCGACUUCCCGGUGGGUGGCUACAUUCCGGAGAGCAUUAUGCAUUCGGUGGCGAAUUCGAGGCGUACCAUCAUCGUGCUCAGCCAGAAUUUCAUCAAAUCGGAGUGGGCACGUCUCGAGUUUAGGGCAGCCCAUCGAUCGGCUUUGAACGAGGGACGCUCCCGGGUCAUUGUGAUCGUUUACUCGGACAUUGAUGAUGUGGAGAAGCUGGACGAGGAGCUGAAGGCCUACCUGAAGAUGAACACCUAUCUGAAGUGGGGCGAUCCGUGGUUCUGGGAUAGGCUGCGAUUCGCGAUGCCACAUCGCCGGCCCGUGGGAAAUAUUGGCAACGGAGCGCUGGUCAAGACGGCGCUGAAGGGAUCCACCGAUGACAAGCUGGAGCUGAUUAAACCGUCACCGGUGACGCCGCCGCUGACCACGCCGCCGGCGGAGGCCACCAAGAAUCCGCUGGUGGCGCAGCUAAACGGGGUCACUCCGCAUCCGGCCAUAAUGAUUGCCAACGGCAAGAACGGACUGACGAAUCUCUACACGCCCAAUGGCAAGUCGCAUGCCAACGGGCACAUCAACGGCGCCUUCAUCAUCAACACGAAUGCCAAACAGAGCGACGUAUAGGACUGGGAGAAGGCGGAGCUAUUCCAGUUCGAUCCCGACGAUGAGCUAUUGUUCCGUUGAAUAGAGACGAGCGAAGAAGCCUCCUCCUCCUCCUCCUACCCAGGAAUCACUGCCACUGAGAAGCGGUGAGGCGGUGGAAAAGAAGCACCCAGCUGAAUGUAAAAAGUCUAGAGAAUAUUAUCGAUUUCCUUGUGUUUCGUCGUCCCUUCUAGGUUUAAUUAUCCUGCGCUUGUAGGAGCUCCGGGAAAAGUUAAUGAAAAUUUCAAAUUUCAAUAUUUCAUGUGGCCUUUGUUAACGAAAAAAUGAAAAACAAAAAAAUAUCUUAGUUUGAGAAAGGUAGAAAGGAACGGCGGACUAGUUUUACCACAUCACUCUGUUUUAAGUGUUAUAUGUAAGCUUAGCCUAAACAAACCCUGUGCAGACUCUUGUAGACAUAUAAAUCUCAUUUAUUUAGUAAUUAUUUGUACAUUAGGAUUUACUGUAAGAAGAUGCCCCGCAUGCAAGCAAACUGAGAAUAGCUCAAUGCUGGAAUAAUUGUUUGAAAUGACCACUUUUAUUUACGAAUAUGACUUUUUUGAACAGAAUC